UAAGUUUUUGUUACAAAAAUAACCCUCAAUGAAAAAAAUAACCAAAAUAAGUUUUAUUAUUUUUACCAUAUUCCACAUUAAACUUUUAAUAGCCAGAAAUAUUAGGGAAAUUUGCCAAAUCUGACUCAAAACUUGAUUUAAUCCCAAAAAUAUCACAAACUUGAAUCAAAUGCAAAAAUAAUCUAAAAUUCUAGUAAAAUUAACCAGCUCCUUAUGACCAAAUAAAAAGACCAUAAUUUAUUUUUACGAAUAUAAUCCCGUAAAGUCUUCUGAAAUUUUGCAAGUCUUCUGAAGUUCUGUAAGUCUUCUGGAAGAUUUCCAGGAAGUCUUCUCAUAUAGUAGAUCUUAAAAAUAAUUUAUAAAUUUUGUUAAAAAAUAUUUUGAUAUGGAAAAAAUUGAAAUCAUGUAAUUAUAAACAGUUGUAAGUGAUAUAAAUUAAUAUAUAAUAAAAUUGAAAUGUUUUCAACAUAGAUGAGUGAAAGUAGUGAGUUAUGAUAUUCUUUGGUUUAGGGUUUGACAACAUAUGUUGUAGUAUUGUAUGUAUUCUUAGGGUUAGAUUUUGAAAGCUUAAUAUUUUUUUGAAACAAUAAAUUUUGACAUAUAUGUGUUUAGUUUUGUGUAUAUUAAACACUUUUUAAGUUGAAUGAAGUGUUUGUUUCUAUUUAGUUAGUUAUUUGAGUUAAGAAUUUAUAUUUAGGGUCUAGACAACUUCUAGAAAGUCUUCUGGUGAUUAGUAUUUUGUCAGUUAGAAGACUUCCCUGAAAAUCUUCUAACUACAGCUAAAAAUAUUUUAGUUUUCCGCUAAAAAUAUUUUAGUUUCUAGAAGACUUUCAAGUAAGUCUUUUUCAAGUAGAUUUUCUAGGAAGCCUUCUAUUAGAAGACUUACUUGAAAGUCUUCAGAAUCGAAAAAAAUUAACUUUAUUGGAAUUUUUGUCUCCCUUUACAAAAACAAUUUACACAUUCCCUCUAUUCUUCUCAAAUGGCUGCAACAAAAAUGUAAUGUUCCUCAUUCUAAAACUCUCCAACCUCUCUCUCUAAUCUCUAUGAACUUAAAAACACCAAACUUUAUAUCAAUUUAUAGUUAUUUCAUGUCUUCUCACUAAUUUAUUUUGUUUUUGCAGGUUUUUCAUUACAUGGUUCUCAUCUUCCACUUAUUUAAAGGCAGAUCUAUAACUCAUAUUUUUCUUAUUUGGUAACCUAAUGUUGCUUAAAGCUCUUACCUUUUGAAAACUCUUUUGUUUUUUUUUAAAGCUCUUACCUUAUUUUUGAAGUUUUUUUAUGUUUUGAAGUCAUUUGAAUGUUUUUGGAUAUGCAGAUUUUUUCAGAUCUAAGACAGACGUGGAAGGAAGCCUUCUCGAAAGUUUUCUAACCUUUAAUGCACUAGAAUAAGUGUCUUCUCUCAUGUCCCCUCUUUCAUUUCAGAUCUAAUUGUUUUGGUAAGUUUAUAUGUGAUUUUUCUUCAUUUGGUAACAUCUGGUUGUUUAAAGCUCUUAUCUUUUUCACAAUUUAUCAUUUUUUGUAAGCACCAAACUUUAUAUUAAUCUAUCAUUUUUUUUCUCAUAUCAUUCUCACUAAUUCAUCUUGUUUUGUAGGUUUUUCAUUACAUAGUUCUCAUCUUCCAUUCCUUUAAAGGUAGAUCAGUAAAUUAUAUUUUCUUAUUUGGUAACCUCUUGUUACUUAAAGCUUUUACUUUUUUAGAAAAUUUUUUUAGUUGUUUUAAGCUAUUACCUUAUUUUUGAAGUUUUUCUAUGUUUUGAAGUCAUUUGAAUGCUUUUGGAUAUGCAGGUUUUUCAGAUCUGAGACAGAUUUGGAAGACUUCUAAAGAGGUCUUUUCGGAAGUCUUCUAACAUUUAAUACACUAGACGACUUCUUGGAAGUCUUCUGGAAGUCUUCUGACAAAGUCUUCUUCCAUGUCAAGUGGAAUCUAAGCUUGUAUUUACGGAGGAAUGAGCUAUAAUAGUUUUGUUUAUGGUUUGUUUUGUAAUUUGUAUGUGUACUCUUUUAAUUAGUUGUGAUUUUUUUUGUAAAUUUGAAAAGAUAUAAAUGAAAAAAUUUGGUAAAUAUGUUCAUGUCUACAAUACUAUCUUGCCAAACGUAUUUGACAUUAUUGAAGUUAUUGAUACAACUUCAAUAGCAAAACACAAUAACACAAAAAAAAGUCAAAUUUACUACAACUAAUGGAUAAAACUUCUAAAAAAAACUUAGUCAAAUUCACAAAGAUCAAACAUUACAUUAGUUCAAACUUAUAACAGUUUCACUAGAAGUCUUCUGGAAGUCUUCCGGAAGUUUCGGAAAACUUAAAUUUCAAGCGGAAAAUUUAAAUAUAAGGGGGAAUUUAAGCGGGAGAGGAGGAGAACACUCCUACUCAAGAAACUGAGGAAGGCAGUAUGGGUUUUCACACUGCAGAUGAAGAGAGUGUAAAAAGUGGUGAGGAGAGUUCAUCUGUCUACUCAGACCCAACUAGUCUUGUCAGAGAUUCAAACGAUUCAGAUAGCAGUCCUGCCUCAAAUUUGUCUCCUGAUGAAAACCACAAUAGCGUUGAUUCACUAAGUGCAGAGAACUCACAUGUCUCCUUAGAACCAACCAGUCCUGAAGCCAGAGAUUGUAGUACUACUUCAGAUCAACAAACAUGUGUAGAUUCACCUCUUCCUAUAUCUCCCCAUUCAGGAAAUGAGUAUCAAGGAACUCAAUCUAAAGAAGAAGAUUCCACAGAUGAAUCUGUGAGCAUUAUUACCAAGGAGCACAAGCUUUUAACUGGAAUAUUCCAGUGGUUUUUGAAGUGUAGACGCAGUUUUUCCAGUGAAGAGAGUAAAGAGAACCAAGUUGAUUGUUAUUCUGAGUCCCAUACCCAAGCUUUAUCUUCUCCUAGUAAUGGAGACUCAGAUUCCAAUCUGAUGAAGACUCUGAAGAACCUUGGACAGUCCAUGCUCGAACACAUUCAGGUAAUCGAGUUGAUUUUCCGACAAGAACCUGGUCUGGUGCAGGGAGGACUGAUAAGGAACAUUGAUAAAACAAAGUUUAUCGAAAAGGGGCAAGCCACAGCUACAACCGCUCUUAAGGAGCUUCGAAAAAUCAGUCACUUGUUGUCAGAUAUGUGAGGUGUUGUUUCUCUCAUUUCUUUGUAGUCAGCUCUGUAUAUACAUUCUGUAAUGUAUAUUACGUCAGAGUAAAUAAUAAAGAUGAUAGUUUCUGUAUUCAGUCAAAACGUUUAGUUUGAAAUGUCAAGAAUAGAGUUUCAGUGUCACUGAACCCAGUCUACCAUCUUCAUAGGUAUGAUGUCAAAAUAAAAUAAAAUAAAAUGAGUAUAGCUGUCAAUUGGGCUGUCUGUGUUUAUUUGUGCAUGUCCAUUUUGUUUGUGGAUAAAUAAUGAUCAUCUCCAUUAAGGACUGAAUCCACGGGUCCAUUAAAAACAUAUAAGAUAUAUUAAAAUUACAAAGCAAAUUUGAUACAAUGUGUCGUCCAAAAUACAAAGCAAACAAGCUACCAUACAAAUAUGCUAUAAUUAAUGAGUUUUGACCGGAAAUUUUGUUUUUGUGGUUUUUGCAUGAAACAAGAUUUUAUGGGGAAAAUGUUUUACGUUUCGGAGGGAAACUUGUUUUGUGGUUCAGGCGAAAAAACUCGUUUUUUUCGAAAAAAUUCAAUUUUGUGAUUUUGUGAAAAAAUUCAAUUUUGUGCUUUUGGUAGAAAAAAUGAUUUUUCCAAGAUAGUUACUUAGCUUCUAGUAGCUCUUAGUAGAUGGCCAGGCACUUUCCAACCACUUUUCUUGAUUCCUAACAGUUUCAGCAAAAAAAAUCAAUUUGGCGAGAAAAAUUAUUUUGUUAUUUUGGUGAAAAAUUCAAUUUUAUGGUUUUAACGAGACAGCAUAAUUUUAUUAUUUUUGUGGGAAAAUCCGCUUUUGGCUAGAAACAUUUUGUUUUUUUUUGGCGGAAAACACGUUUUUGCGAUUUUGGUAAGAAAACUCGAUUUUGAAGUUUUUGUGGAAAAUUGGAUUUUAAGUUUUUGGUGAAAAAAAUUAAUUUCUAUAAAAUUCUUAUUUUCCCAAAUUUUGUUUAACUAAAAAUUUUAUUUAUUUUUAGAUUA